AUGGCCGGCCCAGGCACCUGCCCCCGAGCGGUCCCGGGAAUUCCCAUGGCACUGAGCAGCCAGACACGUCUCUGGAUCCCCAGCCUCCGGCCGGCGUUCAGGCAGGCAAGUGUCCUGCUGGUGGACCUGCGCUGCCACGGCGAGUCCGCGCCGCUGUCGCGCGCGCUGCAGGCCCCGCACACGCUGGCCUCGGCGGCGGGGGACGUGCUGCGCCUACUCAGCGCGCUGCGCCUCUUCCCCGAGGUCCUGGUGGGCCACUCCUACGGCGCCAAGGUGGUCAUGGCCAUGAGUCAGCAGUUUGCGGCCAGGACGGGGCACGGCGGGCGCCUGCCCCGGCCGGUGCAGGUCUGGGCGCUGGACGCGCUGCCGGGGCGCCUGGCGGACGACGACGACGGGGUGGACGCGGGCCACCCGGACCUGGCGCGCCGCUCGCGCGUGGACCACCCCGCGGACCUCAUCGCAGCGCUGCGCGCGAUGCCGCUGCCGCUGCGCUCGCGCGCGGAGGCCGUGGCCGCGCUGCGCGGCGCCGGCUUCUCCGCGCCCGUGGCCGCCUGGGCGGGAUCGGCGCUGCGCCCGCUCUCCUCCUCCGACCCCGGCGGGCCCCUGGUCUGGGCGCACGACCUGGAGGGCAUCGCCAGCAUGUACGCCAGCUACCGCACCACCUGCCUCUGGGACUUUGUCCGCGCCCCCGUCCAGGGCCUGGAACUCAACUUCGUGCGCGCCGAGCGCUCCGCCUUCCACUGGAGCGCAGGGGAUGUGGCGCGCAUCCGCGCUGCUGGGCACGCCGUGCACGACCUCCCCGACUCGGGCCACUGGGUACAUGUGGACAACCCCGAGGGGCUGCUGGCCAUCCUACAGCCCGCGCUGCGACGGGGUACGCCACCUGCGCUGCUCGUCGGCUCCGGGAGUGAAUCGGCUGGGGCGCCGGCACAGCAGCCGCCUCAACAGCCGCCCCACCGGCCGCCCCUGGCCAACAUCGUGGCCAGGCCGGCGCCGGGGCCCGCCGCCAGCCCCCUCGCAGACCAGGCGCUGUCCUUCCCCUGA